CUGUCGGAAUCGGUCGCCUUUUAGCUGAGAGCGGUUUUAGUUCAGCGCCUCAAACGAGACGAGCAACAACGUUGAAACGGAAAAAUGCUUAUCCACAAGAGCCAUACUGUGCUCUUCGCCGUGGCUCUGGUGCUGCCCUGCGUCUGGAGCACGCCGCCUCCCAGAGAUAUAAGUCUGUACGAUAGCGAUCAGAGCCCCAAGUUCAUGUAUGAUUUAAUGAGAGAAGCCAAGGUGGCUGAGAUGGAGAGCUUCAUGAACCCGAAUGUGGACCCGUGUGAUAACUUUUACGAAUUCGCCUGUGGCAAGUGGGAUAAAACAAAUCGAGCUGAGGCCCCAGGUGACAUAACGACCGGAUUAUUCGAGCAUCUGAGCAAGGCGUUGAAUCGCAAGUUGUUUGCAUUCUUAAAAGGUAAACACAGUGAUCUUGACACGCCAGAAGACAAGCAGGUGAAGAACUUUUACGAGUCUUGUACGCGACUGGGAGAACUGAAGAGCGGGUAUAAGCGGAAGCUAAUGAGCAUUAUCAAUGAGUUCGGAACUAUGCCAGUGCUGGAGGGUGAUAAAUGGAACAAGGAUAACUUUGACUGGCUGAAGACGAUCGGACAAAUAGCACAUACCUACAAUAUAGACAUCAUCAUAGACGUGGAUGUAGGCAAAGACUUUAAAGGCAACGAAACGAACGUUAUCUAUAUUGGUGGUCAGGAGUUUCCUCUGGGGACCCGUCCCGUGUAUGUAGACGAAAAAUUAAAGACUUUUCGAGAUCGUUAUCGCGACAAGAUCGCAAAUACUAUGAAGAAUUAUCUGGGUAUUCGGUCCGAAUUGGCCGACCAAACGGCUACGGAGCAUAUUAAGUUCGAGAUCGAUCUCGCCAGGGGUAUGGAUGACGAUAAAAACGGCAGAGACAUGGCUGAUUUGGCCAAGCUCACUACUGUGGCUGAUAUGCAAAGACGCUAUAUGCCCAUUAUAGACGUGGAGGCGCUUGUGCGCUUGACCCUCAACAAGGCCAUUGACGGUCCCAUUUACGAGUAUAAUGCGCCAUAUCAAGAAAAUGUAAUGGCCGUCAUGCGUCGCACACCACUGCGAAUAGUGGCGAACUACAUCUUCUUCUCACUUAUCGACAGCUUCAUACAGGAGACGGCCAGUACUCCAGCCUUGCAGGAUGCGAAUUGCAUAGAUAAAACGAAGCAGCAUUUUGCAAAGAAUCUGGACAAUAUGCUCUACCGCCGCUACAAUACCAAAAGAAAUAAUGGCAUAGGAUCCGAUACGGCAGCCGACAUAGAGCUGAUAUGGGAUCAGCUAAAAUCUACGUUUACCAAGACUCUCAACUCGACCGAACUGGAUUGGAUUUCACCCGAAACACGAAGCUAUGCCAUAGAAAAACUGAAAGCCAUGAAGCUCGAAAUAAACUCGUAUGCCAAUGAGAAUUUCACGGAGGAAAUGGAUGGCCUGAACCUGACCAACGACGACUUAGUAGAGAACCUCCGUCUAAUCGGAAUACACGCAGCUCGACAAACGCGCAACGAUGUGGGUCAGAAGGCAAAGCCUCUAGAGGCGGGAGAGCUGCUCAGUUAUACGCCCGCCAAUAUCCUCAUCGAAAAUGUUAUCAAAGUGCCGGUAGCAUUGCUCCAGCCCUUCUAUCUGUGGGAUGCCAGCUAUCCCAAUGCCCUCAAGUUCGGCACUCUGGCCACCCUGAUUGGACACGAGCUGAUUCAUUGCUUUGACGAUGCUGGUCGCAAAUUCGACAAGAGCGGCUCAUAUCAUGACUGGUGGGACGAGAAGUCCGCUGAGAAUUUUCUAAUCCGCCAAGAGUGUUUCAGUAAUCAGUACAGCGAAUACGUCUACAAUAAAGCCCGAUUGCCGAAGUCAAUCUCGCAGUCGGAGAACGUAGCGGAUAAUGGCGGUGUGCGACUGGCCUUUAAAGCCUACCUAGAAUGGUACUCAAAGCAAACAGAUCCUGACAGGGAGAAGCUGCCCAAGUUUAAUUACACCAGCAAGCAGCUCUUUUUUAUCAGUUACGCCCAGGUAUGGUGCAACGAUGCUGUUCCCCAGGCGCGCGCACUACAAACCUCAACAGAUCAACAUGUACCUGGUAUGUACCGCGUAAUCGGGCCUCUCUCCAACUUUGAAGAGUUCGGAACUGUGUUCGACUGUGCCGUGGGCACACAAAUGAAUCGUGAGAAUAAAUGUAAAAUGUACUAGAAAGCAAUGAAAUGGAAUCCAAGUGUGAUUUCACAUAAUGUUGAUGAUUACUCUAAACAAAUUGCUUUCUCUGCAAAAUAGCUUUAAAAUAUCACUAGUAGGGUAUUAACGACCAGCGGCUGAACUGAAUAACCAGUGAAAAAAUGAUCUGGGAUGAUGAAUUGAUGUGAUUGAACUUCGCGUAUAAUUUGUUGUUUACUUGGAGAUGCAUAUUUUGUUUAAUGUUUUAACCAUUUAACCUGUUUGUUUACCACAUGCCGCAAAUACCCAAUACAAAUACUCCGUUUGGCUGUAAACUAUUUUUUAAAUUAAAUUUUUCGAAAUCCAAAAAAUGUGAAAAUAAAUUUUUCAAAACCGCA